AUGCAGCUCAGCGCCCGUCCCGCUAGGGUCUCGCCGCCGCCCCGGGACAGAGCCGCACAUCCUCCCCGGGGCAGUCGGUACCGAGGACCGUGGCGGCCAAGCUCCUCUGAUGCUCCACGGCCCCGCCCGGGAAGCGGCGGGCGCAGCCCGGCCUCGUCCCGACGGUGCCGCUCGGAAAUCCUGCACUUCCCGGCGCGUCCCCGCCGGCCCGGUGAAUUCCAGGUGCUUUCCAUAGGUGGCACCGUCCUCCUGGAAAUGGCGGCUGCGGCCUCUGCGCAACCGGCGGCGUUCCUGCCACCCCAGGGGGGCACUGCCGCCGCCUCCGCCCCGGGCCGCUCCCCCGCACCGCCGGUUCAGCAGGGCGGAGCGCCCGCAGGAGCCCCCGGGAGCUGUGCCAAGCCCCGGGCAAAGCGCGGGGCUUUUUCCCUCUGCGGUGCCCACGGCGGAAAGAAGCCGCCGUACUUUUCAGGAGCACAGACCCCCGAACGCUGGGGAGUCUCCCGCAUCGGCCGAGCUCGUGGGAGAGGCGCACGCGUGUCCCUCAGCCAGCGGUUCUUGGGGACGGCUGCCCUGAGCCCCCCCGGCUCCGGCCAGACCGAACGGCGGAUCCCCGCGCGGUGUCCUGCGGGGAGCGCCCACGGAGCGCCCCGACGGCAAAGCUCCCGCACUCGGUUUUCCGGGCGUGCCGGCACAUACCGGAGCCCCUCGCUGGUCGCCUCGAACCGCCCGGGCGGGUGA